AUGGAUCAACUGAGGCCACUAUUAUUCCAUGACGGCCUUCGCAGUCUUUCUCUGUGCAUACCAUGCAGUAUCUCAAUUUCCCUCGACGAUGCACGCGAGCUAGCCAAGGCGCUUCCCUUCCUCGAGAAACUCGAAUUCCACAUGCUUUCCCAUUCUUCAGUGACACUAGACUGUCUACUUAUCAUUGCUGGAGAGUGCCAGCUGUUGACGCAUAUCAUCACACCGAUUGCUUGCUCUAUGCAGCUUACAUCUACUAUUUCACCACUACCGACCCAACCGAGUCUCAAACACCUCCACCUUGCUAUACGCGACUCGAGCAACAUCACUGCACUCUGUCAAUCUUUGGAAAACUGUUUCUCCUUCCUCACCAUGCUGCGUUUGGAAGAGAGCCGCGACACCUCCCGUACCGAUUCCCUAAUAACUUGGAGCAUCCUACGGCCAUUAAUACAACUUACCAACCUCACAGUCUUGGAGAUACGCCUCAAGUCAUAUGCGUUCGAACUUACGGACGGAGAUAUCAAGGAAAUAGGGAGAGCCCUCCCUCAUCUCACCUACUUAACAAUUCGUGGACAGUGGCGGCUAAAACGAGACCCCUCGCGGCCCCCUGUGACCUUCAGCGGUAUACUAGCGCUGGUAGACCUCUGUUCAAACCUGGGGGAAGUUACAAUACACGCAAACGUCAGUUCCACGUUUUUUCAGAUGACUCUCGGCCAGCGCAUCGAGCUACGGUGCGGAAUCCCGCGUAACACGUCGCUGAAAUUUCUCGACGUGCUUGAGACGUACGUCCCGUCGGGUGACAUCCUCGAUUUUUCUAUCCUUUUAGCUGUCUCGUUUGCGAGCCUCGACUUCUUCCGCAUGAAUGGCACCGCGUAUGGGCGCGGGAACGGUUCUAUAGGCAAACCACUUGCGGUGCUCAGGCAAGCUGAGAAGCAUUGCAAUUUUAGCAGGAUGAGCGCAGACGAGCUGCGACAGAUCGUUGGAUCCUCAAAUACAGAUGUAAAUAUCAGGGUGAAGUUCCUCAUUACGUGGUUCAGUCUACUCCGUGGAUCUACUAGCAUGGCUUUGGCUGGGAUUUUGGACCUAGAGGCAGAGUUGCGAUUUGACUUUGUCAAGGAAUCAGAGGCAAACAGUUACUCCAAAAAUGUUUUGGGAAAAUUCCUUGACAGUGAAGUCUACUUAGGUUUGCCAGCCCGGACACUGGACUCUGUUGAAGGAGGAAGCCGUAUUGACUUCAAUCUCGCCCCAUUUGAUGAUGGAGACAGCGACGAGGAGUGGUGUUCUGUGGGAUCAGAGGAAAAGAUCUCCAUCUCCGAGCUCGAGAGCGAAUUACUUAAACGCGAUAUUCACGUCUCCGAAAUCAUGCCAUACGAAAGAAAAACCGAUCAUCACCAAGAUCUAGACCAACCCCAAAUUCUCUCCCCUCACCGGAGACACGAUCGCAUCAACCCGCGGAUCCAUGAUCGGACGCAACAUGCUCUAAGACCGCCACCACCACCUACACUCCCUUCAUUACGAAAAUUAUAUACGCGAGAGGUUAUUACCGAGAGAGAGAUAGCGGACACUUACUGUUCUGCCAAAUUUGACACUGUUCAGUACGGCACAUACAAAGCCCGCCCGGCAGCCCUAAUUAUCAUGACGUAUACCUUUCAUGCUUCAAACCCGUCCUUGCACCGAUUCCGCCGCGCAACUAUUGAUGUCAAGUUCAGCGUCAUACACCCACCGUAUUCGGGUGCACUACCCACCCCUGGUAAAGAACAAGAGUGUCCUCCGACAAGUGCUGUUGAAGUCCUCGGGUAUGCUCCUCGGGGUUUGUACGGGGAGGUUUCGUUUUCGCAGAUGACGAAGGAGCGUGGAAUAUCAGCUCCGAUACAGGGCGGCCCUUCCUUCUUGUCGCUUUCUAUUCAACCAAAGGUAUCAUACAAGGAAGAAGCAAAGAAAGGGAGCUGUCUCGUGAUUGAAGGUAGCGAACGCGGGUAUCCUCCGACAAGAGUCGUUUGGUCUGCCGUAGAGAAUGAACACUACCCAGACGGACUCGCCGGAAUACCAAGCUGGAUUCGAACAGCAGUUAUUGUGGGCAUCGAAGAGGGCUGUGCACAAUUUCAAGCGAAUAUUCGCCUUGACACGUCAGUUGGUUUCACUGUUGACCCGAGACGGUGGUGCCCACUGCUAGCAAAACGCGACGACCCUGUGCAUUUCAACACUGCGAAGCCUCUCAUGCGCACGCACGAAGUUCUAGGGCCUUCCUUUGAUGGUCUGGAUCUCGUAGCCAUGUUAGAAAUCGAGAUGGGAGGAACCAUAAGAUCGAUUAGAAAGUAA